AUGCAUUUCACCAAGGCUCUUCUGGUCGCAUCCGCUGCCCUCUUCGCGCCUGUCGCGCUCGCUGCUGAGCAAGCCGAUGCCGCUGCGCCUACCUCCACCACCACCGUCCAGGUCGUCCUAGCUUCUCCCUCCACGACUGCGACACCCUCGUCGAGCCCGGCGCCGUCUUCGACUUCUGCGUCGAGCAGCAGCUCGUGGUUGAUCUCGCACACGCCUAGCUCGUCUUCCUUCGCCAAGGCUAGCUCCACCUCAGCCCUGAUCAAGGCUUCCAAGCCCACUGCCAGCGCUACGACUUCGACGCCUGCGAUUGCUACGGGUGGUGCUUCCCCUGUUCAGUACUCUGGUGCUAUGGCGGCCGGUGUUGUGGCUGUCGCGGGCCUGGUCAUGUUCUAG